CCACAAGUCCAGUCCAGUGAGCUGCACUAGUCCUGAGAGCCACUAGCUCAGAGAAGUAGUCCAGCCACUCCAGAAGCAUUUCAGAUCCAGAACCUUGCAGCUGCAGCGAACACCAAGCUUAAACUUUUCAUAGAUUUAACUCAAUCAUUGCUGAGUGAUAGCCUCUUAUUUCUUCAUCACACUCCUGCUCAUUCAGAUUACACCUGAGACUCUGAACACAAUUGAUGAUGGGGAUGCAGCAAUGCUCACACAGCUUUCUAGUCCUUCUCCUCAUUGUCUUCAUCUUUGGGAUUGCCCUCUCUGGCCCAUCAAUGCCCCGCAGGAGCAGAGUGAGACGUCAGAACAUGAAAGUCCGUAUCAACGCCACGGGAGACACCAUCGUGAUGAAGUUUUUGCGUCCCAACUCCGACACCAAGCUCGAGGGCUACAUCCUCGGCUACGGCAGCAGCAUGUUCUCCAAACAGUUUAUUCAGCUGCCUGAGAACGGACAGCUAUAUGAGACAGAGUUCGAUGCUGAGCCCAAGUACCUUAUAGCUGUCCAGCCCAUCCCAACCAAUGACGUGAAAAAGCAAUGCACAGGUAAAGUGGAACUGGAGAAGCCACUACACUUAGUCAUUGGGUCGGUAACGCCAACUUCAGUCCUCCUGUCCUGGGGGACCCUGCUGAAAACCCCCUAUGAAGGCAAUGUCAUGAAGGACUGUGUUGAGGAUGGACACUACACGGUGCGUUAUCGUGAGAGGAACAGGAAGUGGAACUAUCAGACCUGCCCAACUAGUGACACCGUCAUUGACCAUCUGAAGCCUAAUGCAGUCUACGAGUUUGGUGUUCAGCCCAACUCUAAAGAUGGCACUGGAGUGUGGAGCAAACCAGUCAUCCACAACAUAAGCUCAGGGGGCAUAGAGGAGAAGGCCAUCAGGAAAAUCUUUAAACGUCCAGUCCCCCCUGUGAAGCCGCUAACGACAGAUCAACUCCCUUUCCCCUUUGCUCCUCGUCAUGUUCCCCAUAACAGGACCAAGAGCAGAGUAACACUCAUCAGGGAAAUGUCUCCAAAGACAACUCUUGCUCCAACCACAACUACUAGGCAGGAAUCUCUGUCAACCCCUGGACCCAAACUACCUGUGGUCACCACACUGCCUAUCGGUAAAAAAGACAAUCACGGUGGUCUUCUUACAAAACAACGCUACAGAGGAGACCAAUCCAGAUCUCUUUUUCCUCCUUCCCUGGAAAUCCCGUUAGCUCCCUUGCCAGCCCCCCAGGAAAAUGUGGAGAAUCCAGAAACUCAAGCAAACCCUCAGCCUCAGCCUCAGUCAGAGCAUCAACAAUCAAAGCCCCAAACCCCUAACACUCAAAUUAAGAACUGGGCCAAGGCCCAGCCUCAACCACAUCCUUCACAAACAUCACAGUCCAUACCCCAAACCCAACCAAAAAUGCAACCUGAGCAAACAUCCCAGUCCAGACCUCAGACAAAACCACAUUCCCAACCAACAUUCCAGAACACAUCUGACACCCAACCCCUACCACAAAUCAAACCAGCUUCCAAUCCCAUAGCAGAGAUGCAUCCCCAACCAGCAUCCCAACCCACUCUACAGACCCAACCACAACCAAAAUUCCAUACAACCACCAAGCCCAUACCCCAGACCAAGCGGAAUACUCAACGAACAUCCCAACCCAUACUACAAACUCAACCCCAACCAAAACUCCACCCAGGCUCCAGUCCCAUACCCCAGACCAGGCCAAACCCCCAACCAACAUCCCAACCCAUUCUACAGACCCAACCACAACCAAAAUUCCAUACAACCACCAAGCCCAUACCCCAGACCAAGCCAAAACUCCAACCAACAUCCCAACCAAUUCUACAGACCCAACCCCAACCAAAAUUCCAUCCAACCACCAAGCCCAUACCCCAGACCAAGCGAAAUACUCAACGAACAUCCCAACCCAUACUACAAACUCAACCCCAACCAAAACUCCAUCCAAUCUCCAAGCCCAUACCCCAGACCAAGCCAAAACUCCAACCAACAUCCCAACCGAUAAUGCAAACUCAAUCACAACCAGAAUCCAUGCCCAUAAAUCCGACCAAGCCAAAACCCCAACCAACAUGCAAGUCCAUACCCCAGUCCAAACCCCAAGCAACAUCUCAACCCAUUUUACGGCACAUUCCUCAAUCACAACCCCCUCCAGCAUCCAAAUCUGUUCUCCAGAUCAAACCAAAACCCCGCACAACAUCCCAAACCAUACCACAUACCGUAUCACAACCACAUCCUCAACAAACCUCCCACCACAAACCGCAGAUCAAACCAAAGACCCAUCAAACACCUCAUCCCAAUCUCCAUACCCUUCCUACUUCAGCGGCUCACACAAAACCCUAUUUCCAAUCAAAGCCUAAAACUACAAUGCAGCUCCCAACUGAACACAAACUUCAACCAAAACUCCAGCUAAAACAUCAGGUCCAUUUUCAAACACAACCACCUGCUAAGACCAUGACACCGGACAGGGUUCAAACAAUAACCCAUCCCACAAUUAUGACACACCUACUGACAAAUCAACCAACACUUCAGCACAUACCUCAGACCCAACCAGCACUACUGAAGAUUAAUGUCAAACCCCAACAUCAAGCAAAAUCUUACUCCACAGUUCAGCCUCAAAUCGACACACAACCAACGAUUAACCCACAGCCUCAACUAAAAAGAAGACCUGAGACUGAAGGAACAACUAAGCAGCAGUCAAAGAAGCAUCCCAAGCCCAAAACAAACCUUCAAACCUGGGACAAAACUAAGCCUAAAACACAGCCUAAACCAAAGAGCCAAUCCAAGCCUCAACCAUCACCUCAACUAAAUAAACGAAAGCUUCAACCACAUCCUCAACCAAAGAACCAAACGAGGGUCAAACAAACUCACACAAAUAAUAAACAGUUGCCAGAAUCACAAUAUCCUAUUAAGACCCAAACCCAACCUGCACCUCAUUCUAAACAUCUUCUUAAGCCUCUACCUCUACCAAAGGCUCAGUCUAAGUCCCAACUUGAUCCUCUACCCAAGCCACAACCUACAUCUAGGUCCCAACAACAAUCUCAACCAGGGCUUCAGUUUGAGACUCAGUCCAGGAGCUACUCUGAUACCUCCAACGUCACACCAAGGCAGGCUGUUGCUACGGCUCCUAGUCCACCAGAAGAGGGCAAGCCUCUACCAAGACCUGCCCUGGCUACAGAGAAGGCUGGUAGUAAUAAUCAGGGUACUGGUUUCGUCAAAUCAUCCAUUGCAGAAGUUCCUCAAUCUCCUAUUAGCUCAUCAGUUGCUCCAGCAGGAAGAAACAGCACUCAGUCUCGCAGCGGGGUUCCUCCAAAUUCCAAUCAUAAAAGUGUCCGACCAUUUUCUCCAUCCAAGAAAUUCCCCUCCUCUCAAAGCUCCAGCUCACCUGGUGCAGUCGGUGGAGCGCAUCACAGGGGCAAUGCUCUUGCUAAACCUGCGGUGUGGCCAAGAGAGAAACCUGUUCAGCGUCCAUCUAUUCCUGUCAACAAGACACCCAACCUGGUGGGGAAACCCAGUGACCAUGAUAAACCCAUGGACCUGAAACAAGGAGAAAAGGAGUCCAUCUUGAAGCCAUUCCCUCUGGUCACAGCCAAACCCAAGCAAGAGCGCAGACAACAGACAACCACCUCCGCCCCUGCAGUAAACAGCAGCCGCUUUGACAUAAAUGAAAAUUCCUCCAUAUUCAGGCCCAUGCCUGCAUCUGAAGUAGACAUCAUGGGCAAGAAACGCUUUGUAGCUCCACAUGUGAUCUACAAGACUGAUAAAAAGCCAGAUGAGCCGUGCUCCAUCACCUCCUCCCUCGCUUACUUCCCUGAUGAGGAGGGGGCUGAUCAGAAUGUGACCGGUCCUCCCCGCGUACCUCCUUCCAACCUUACCGUGGUUACUGUAGAGGGCUGCCCGUCUUUUGUCAUUCUUGACUGGCAGAAAUCUGACAACGAAACCCGAGAGUAUGACGUCAUAUCCACCACGAAAGGACCAAAUGGAGAGGAGGUGUCUAUACUAACAACCAACCAGACACACACAGCUGUGGAGAAUCUGAAGCCAGAGAGCAGUUAUGAAUUCACAGUAACACCAAGAAAUGAGCUGGGAACAGGACCCUCCAGUGAUCCUGUGUCUUUCAACACAGAAUCAGCUGAUCCGCGAGUGAGCGAAAAUGUGUCAGGCAAAGAUGCCAUCUGGACUCAGUUCCCAUUUAAAACGGAUUCCUACUCCGAAUGCAAUGGAAAGCAGUACGUGAAGAGAACUUGGUACCGAAAAUUUGUUGGCAUCCAGCUCUGCAACUCUCUGAGAUACAAGAUCUACCUGAGUGACUCUCUUAAUGGGAAAUUCUACAACAUAGGAGAUCAGACGGGACAUGGUGAGGACCAUUGUCAAUUUGUGGACUCUUUUCUGGAUGGACGGACUGGCACUCAGAUGUUUGCUGACCAGCUGCCAAGCAGGCCAGGGUUUUAUAGGGCCUUAAGACAGGAGCCUGUGCAUUUUGGAGAGAUUGGAGGGAAGUCACAUGUUACUUAUGUUGGCUGGUAUGAGUGUGGUACACCCAUACCCGGGAAAUGGUAAGACCCACAUGGCUAUGAAGGAGGGAUAACUUGCUGCAGAAGUAGUAAAAGAAGAAGAAGAAGAAGAUGCCUAACCAGGCUUGAAGGGAUGUUGGGCUUUCUUUCAUAUUACCAUGGACACUGUAGAUGGGUCUGUUUGUUUGAACUCAGCCCUCUCUUCCGGGUAUGAUCCUGUCCAAGACUAUUAGGUGUCACAAAACUCAAUGGAGUGUAUUUGUAACAUCGGUCUCCGUUUCUGUAUUUAUCAAAAAGGUCACAAUGGACGCAAGAAUGCAGGUGAACUAAAAUGCUGAAUAUACAGUAACCACAGAGAACUUGUUGGGAAGCUGGCUCCCAAAGUGUCAUAACUUGUUUGAUGUUAUUUAUCAAGGAGAUUGUUAUUGAAUUUUCUCUGUGUCCUCUGGCUUUUGAUAUAAGAAAGUUAAAACAGUACUUGCAUGUCGGCAUACACAUUGUACACACACAUUUGUAUACAAAGAGUUGACAAUGAUACUUCACUGUACAUUUUGAUUAUGUAAAAUACAAGUAAACACAGACAUGCAGAAUCAACCUUCUGCUGGCCCAAAGGGAUUAUUAACAGUUGCAGUUUGCACAUUAUUAAACUUGUGUUAAUAUAUGUAUAUGAUGUCAAAUGCAAUUUGUAUACCAGGGAUAAAAAAAAGUUUGGAUCAUUUCAGGUAAAAGAAGAAAAGCUUUGGCCAAAUGAAUGAUCUAUUGCAAGCCGAAGCUUGAUACUCCUAUGGUGUCGUUUUGAAAAAAAAAAAAAGAUUUGUGUUUUUUUGUGUUUGUGAAGGCUCAGCCUGUAAAAAAAUAUAUAUUUUUAAAAAUAAUAACAAAACUGAGGUUCCAUAUGAAAUGAAAUAACAAAUGACGUUAUUUAUGUUUUUGUGUUCAAAGUAACUUCAUGUACAUAAAGCUUUCAAUUAUUGGAAAGAAAUGUUCACUCUGUUAAGCACAAUGUUUAAUUUCAGCAAUAAAUCUUGUUUUCAUAUU